CGAGUUAACUUCGAACUGCAUAAACGUAUUUCAGUUGAAAAAAAGGUUCUUCCGACCAUGGAUGGCAUUCUUCCGUUAUUGCUGGUUUUGGGAAAUCAAUCAAACUCGGAUUCAGUUCCAGAUGCAUUCAACGGGUUUAGUUCGGAAUAUUUGUACGGCGAUGCUCGCCAAAGGAUUCAAGAUGUUAAGAACUUUCGCUACCAAUACGAUUUUAUCAUAGUUGGAGCCGGAAGUGGCGGUUGUGUUAUGGCAAAUCAGUUAAGUGAAAAUCCAAACUGGAACGUUCUGCUGCUAGAGGCUGGCGUUGAGGAAAAUUUCUUACUCAGCGUUCCUUUAACUGCCCCACUUAAUGCUGCAACAAGUUAUAAUUGGAAUUAUGUGCCAGAAAAAUCAUCACAUAAGGUAUGUGCAGCUCAAUCAGCUAAUUUGUGCUCCUGGCACGCUGGUCGUGGAUUGGGUGGAACAAGUCUGUUGAAUUACAUGAUCUAUACACGGGGUCAUUACCGAGACUACGAUGAGUGGUCCGAUGCUGGAAAUCAUGGUUGGAGCUACGAAGAAGUUCGGCCAUACUUCGAAAAGGGAGAACGUAACUUUAUUCACCCAGUUACGAUCCCAUACGAAACUCCGCUGUAUGAUGAAUUCAAAGAAGCCGUCAAAUUAUUCGGUUACGGCCAAGUAACACCACAGAACAAAACGCAACUAGGGUUUUACAGGCUCCGAUCUACGACUGUGAAAGGUCAGCGGAAUAGUGCCGCCCGAAUUUUUCUUCGGCCAAUAAAGAAUCGGAAGAACUUACAUAUAUCCGUUCGCUCUCAUGUAACAAAACUUUUGAUUGACCCUAAGACUAAACGAGCCUUUGGUGUAGAGUUUGUGAAGGAUGGAGAAUCGUUCUUGGUUCGAACGAAAAAAGAGAUCAUUCUCUCAGCCGGUACGAUUGGUUCCGCAAAGCUUCUUCUGUUGUCCGGUGUAGGACCUCAGGAGCAACUCAAAAAUUGUUUAAUUCCGGUUAUUAAAUCUUUACCUGUUGGUCACAAUCUUCAUGACCACUAUGGUAGUCUAUCUUUGAGAUUUUCUGUAAAACAACGACAACCGGAAAUGUCUAACCAGGCAGCUUUUGAACAGUAUCUCAACGAAGGUUAUGGCCCUUUUACGGUACCAUAUCAAUUCGAAUCGAUUGCGUUUAUGAAAUCUGGCAACUCUCAGCUUCCAGAAGACUUUCCUGAUUUCGAAGCAUUAUUUUUGAACAUACAGUUACAAAAGUCAUCCUCCAAGGCGUUCCAACUUCUCGGACUAGAUCAAGCACUGGACUCAAUUGGGCUUAUCAACAAUCGCAAUCAAAGCACCUUUUUAAUUGCUAUCUUGUAUAUACGUCCUAAAAGUAGAGGACAAAUCUCCCUCAAAUCGAAAGAUCCUUUUGCUCAACCCGAACUGAAACCUGGAUAUUUCGAGCAUCCGGAUGAUGAGGCGAAUUUCUGUGAAUCCAUGAGAACAAUCAUUCGGCUGGGAGAAUCACACCCUUUGGCAAAACUAGGCGCCAAAUUCGAUAGAGCUUAUACACCGAAUUGCGAUAAUUAUCAGCUUGAAAGUGACGCUUUUUGUCAAUGUUUCAUAAGAAACUAUGUUUGGGGAACGUAUCACCUCGGGGGAACUUGUAAGAUGGGUCCCAAGGGCGAUCCAACGGCCGUUGUGAGUCCGGAACUGCUCGUGCAUGGCAUCGAAAAUCUUCGAGUGGUGGAUGGAUCCGUCAUUCCGGCGCCCAUCGCCGGUCAUCCGAACGGAGUUAUUUACAUGAUUGGACAGAAAGCUGGUGAUAUGAUAAGGAAAAAGUGGCAGUGAACUAUUUGUGAGAAGUUUGCAGAAACGUUAUCGAUGUAAUGUGAACCACAGCUGUUUUUAUCAAAAUAAAACUUGAAACAAUGAAAACUUUAUAGAUCAAGAUAAUUUUACUCGAUCUUAUUCAGGACUGGCAUUAACAAGCUUUCUAAUAAAUGGCAUUGUCCUCCCAGCUAAACCACAUUGCAUAUGUUUGAA